AACUACAAAGUGUUCUUAGGUUACAUUUCCUGUGUUAUUUGGCUUCGUUUUCUAAAUUGUAGAGGGAACGAGCCAUGGUUCGAGUUCGAGUCAAUGAAAAUAGGGAUAAACAUAUAAGAGAUAAUAAUAAGAGUAUAGAGUUAAGGAAAUUGUUUGUAAUGGUGGUGGCAACGGUGGUCGUUUGUGGCAAUGUUGCAGAGGGGAUCGGUAUAAACUGGGGGACGAUGAUGGCUCAACCUCUGUAUCCUGAAAUUGUGGUUAAGAUGCUUAAGGACAAUGGCAUCAAACAGGUGAAGCUGUUCGAUGCAGAUCCUUGGACUGUGAAACCCUUUGCAGGGACUGGAAUCCAACUCAUGCUUGCCAUCCCAAACAAUGAGCUUGAACGAUUCAGCGAAAAGUAUAGCAAUGCCAAGGAUUGGGUGGCUGAGAAUGUUACUUCCCAUUUGAAGGACCAAGAUGGUGUUGAUAUAAGGUAUGUAGCUGUGGGGAAUGAACCCUUCUUGAAAGCUUACAAUGGAAGCCAUAUGAAAACCCUAUUCCCAGCCUUACAAAACAUACAAAAAGCUCUUGAUGAGGCUGGGGUAGGUAACAAGAUCAAAGCCACCGUCCCCUCCAAUGCAGAUGUAUAUGAAUCUGCCUCCGGCAAGCCCUCCGACGGAAACUUCCGCAAGGACAUAAGACAACUCAUGGUUGACAUAGUUAAAUAUCUCAACUCCAAGAAGGCACCUUUUGUAGUGAACAUCUACCCUUUCCUUAGUCUCUACAUGGAUGCCAAUUUCCCUUAUGAAUACGCCUUCUUCGACCAAGGAAGUACGCCUACCCAAGAUGGUAAGUACCAGUACACCAAUGUGUUUGAUGCCAACUAUGAUACAUUGGUUCAUUCGUUGAAGAAGUCCGGUGUACCGGACUUAGAGAUCAUUGUCGGAGAAAUUGGAUGGCCUACCGACGGCGAUAAGCAAGCCAAUGUCAAGAAUGCAAAGAAGUUUUAUGAUGGCUUCUUUAAGAAGAAGGCAACCAAGAAGGGUACACCAUUAAGAGCAAAUGCUUAUGAAGAAGUGUACUUGUUUGGGCUGUUUGAUGAGAACAUGAAGAGUGUGGCACCUGGGAACUUUGAGAGGCAUUGGGGGAUAUUAAGGUAUGAUGGGCAGCCCAAGUUUCCAAUGGAUUUCUCAGGGAAAGGGGAUGAUAAGAUGAUGGUUGGAGCCAAGGGGGUGCAGUACCUACAAUCACAAUGGUGUGUGUAUAACAAGGAAAGCGGCAACGUGAGUGCAGUGGCCAAAGAUGUUGAUUAUGCUUGUUCAUUGUCAGAUUGUACAGCCUUGGGCUAUGGAUGCUCUUGCAACAACUUGGAUGUGAUUGGAAAUAUAUCUUAUGCUUAUAAUAUGUACUUCCAAAUGCAAGCACAAGAUGUGCAAGCUUGUGACUUUGAAGGAACAGCAAAGAUUGUUAAGGUUAAUGCCUCUCAGAAGGGUUGCCUCUUUCCAAUUCAAAUUGCAAGCACAGGUCACCGGGUGCAGCUAAUAUUAAUGCUGCCUCUUAUGUUCUUUUUUUUCAUCACUCUUGUACUUUAAUUAUUUAGGAACUUUCUAAAGAGCAAUCCAGUGCAUGAGGCUCCGGUUAUUGUAGGGUUUGUGAGCGGCAAAUGUAUCCAACCUUAUCCUUGUUUUGCAGGAUCUGUGACUAACAUAUUGUAAUAGUACAGUUCAUCCGUUGUACCACAGGUUUGCCCUAAAAAAAAAAACCUUUGUUAGGAAUUUACCCUUUUGUACCAUUUUUUGUCAUGUUGUGCGUGACAUUUAUACGUUUGACUACCAAACAUAAUAAUAUUAAAAUCAUGAUUAUACAA